GGGAAUACGUGUGUUGUGUAAAUUUCACAAGUUAGAAAAUGAAAAAUGCAAACGUCGAUACCGGCUAUGCAUGGAUUAUAUUGAUUUGUAAAGCAUGGUUAUGGUAACGUUUCGCCAUCUUGAAUUAUAUAACAGAACACUUGAAUAAAAUAUGAAAAUUUGAGGACAAAUACUCAGCUAUAUGUAAAUGUGCGUCUCUCAAGUCACAAUCUCGUUGAGAGAUUUAUUUGUCAAUGGAGAUACUUGGUCACAAUGGACUCCUUGGGCAUGCUCAGUAACUUGUGGAAAUGGAAUAAAAUCAAGAACACGACAUUGUCUUAGUUCAUUCUGUUUUGGUGAAAUUUUGUUUGGUCAGCAACGUGAGCAAAGUUCUUGUUUCACGAUUGCAUGUCCAGUCGAUGGAAACUGGGGACCAUGGGGAAUUUUUGAACCAUGCUCAGUAACAUGUGGAACAGGAUUGCAUAACAGAAGUCGAAUUUGUAAUGAUCCUGCUCCUUCACUGAACGGAAAGCCAUGUAAUGGUGAAGAGAAUAGCUCAGAGAUUUGUAACACUGAAGUAUGUGCAGUCGAUGGAAACUGGGGACCAUGGAGUAGUUUUGGACCAUGCUCAGAAGCAUGUGGAAAAGGAGUGAAAAAAAGGAGUCGAGUUUGUAAUGAUCCUGCUCCUUCACAGAACGGAAAGCCAUGUGAUGGUGAAGAUACUAACUCAAUAAGUUGUAACGGAGCAGAAUGUCCAGCAUUCACAGCAACAUUACCAGGAGGUGUUCAUCCAUAUCAGAACGGCGCUAUUAUCGGAUAUCCGAUUAAGCUUUUAGACAAUAGUGGUUACAGUAAUGGUAUUUUUACUGUUCUUCCAGGAAUGGGCGGUGUUUACUCGGUAUCUGUUACCAUAAUGUCAGGCUCUGUUAUAGGUCACACUACUUUGAGGAAGAAUGGAGCUAUUUUGGUGUGGUUAUUCACUAAUAAAGAAUAUGAUAUGGCAUCCCAAACUAUCAACAUUCAACUGGCAGAAGGGGACAGGAUUUGGGUACAAAUGACCAAUCAGGCAUCCAGUCUUUUUGAUGUUUAUAACACAUUUAGUGCAGUUAGAAUAGUUUGAUUAUCAAUUUGAUAGCAUAAAGGCUUUAAAGAUGUUAAAUUUUGGCCCGCUACAUGUAUAAUAAAGAGUGAAAGCUAUCAAAUAAAGCUUA